AUGAGUGCCGGCCAUCUCAAGCGCUCCCAACUUCAAAUCAGUAGCUCUUUGGCUGCCAAUAGUCUCUCUGAUUUGUCCGAUAGUCGCGCGGAACAAGAAAUUUUGGUCCAAAGUGUCACUGAAACUACAGUUCCUAAGUUGGUGGCGGAUGAUGUGCCUUUACUCACCAGUUUACUGGCCGACGUUUUCCCGGGCAUUGAAUACAGCCCGAGUAAUUUGGAUAAGCUCAAGGCGCACAUCCGUGCUGUUGCUGCUGAACAGCAUUUGGUUGUCGGUGAUGUGUGGUUCCAAAAGGUCCUCCAACUCUACCAAAUCCAAAACAUCCAACACGGCCUGAUGAUGGUCGGGCCGUUGGCUACGGGGAAGACCCAAGCCUGGAAGGUUCUGCUUGCGGCGCUCCAACGACUCGAAGGCCGCAAAGGAGUCUCCUAUGUCAUCGAUCCCAAAGCAAUCUCUAAAGAUUCACUCUAUGGUACCCUCAAUCCGACUACGCGUGAAUGGAACAAUGGGCUGUUUACUAACAUCCUCAGAAGGAUCAUCAAUUACGUCCGUGGUGAAGAUGCCAAAAGGCAAUGGAUUAUUUUUGACGGCGACGUGGAUCCGGAAUGGGUCGAAAACUUAAACAGUGUUUUGGACGAUAACAAGUUGCUGACCUCCCAACGGAGAACGACUCAAUCUGCCGAGCAAUACGCCGUCACGCCAGACAUGUUCUACGAGAAUUAUCUGAAGACUACUCACGACGUGGCUCUGGAUGCCAUUGCGGACGACAUGUUAAUGGAUGCUCCAACGCGCAAACAGGAUAAUUCUGGAGAGGUUCCAGAUAAUUUAAUCACUCAGCGCUCGAUCAUCAAUGUCUUAUCGGUGUACUUCCAACCUGACGGACUUGUUACUUGCGCUCUCGAAUUUGCUGCUGGAGUUGAUCACAUUACGGAAUUCACCGUGGCUCGAGUGGUCUCGACUCUCUUCUCCUUGAUCAACAAAACCAUCCGGAAUGUAUUGGAUUAUAAUGCCCGUCACAACGACUCUCCUCUGCCGAUGGACAAAGUCCGCACAUAUUCUCAAAAGCGUCUCUUGGUCGCUAUCGUCUGGGCAUUCACGGGUGAUUCAAAACUUGAUACACGGGCCUGGAUGGGCAACUUUUUGCGCGAUUACUUGGGUCUGGACAUGCCUCCAUUGAAUGGCCCCGAGGCUUCGCUAAUCGACUACGAUGUUCCAGUGGCCUCCGGUGAUUGGGAGCCGUGGAAAAACGCAGUCUCCGUUGUUGAUAUCGAUACUCACCAAGUUACCUCUUCCGAAGUCGUCAUUCCGACUUUAGAUACUGUCAGGCAUGAAGAUGUGCUCUACUUGUGGCUCUCUGAACACAAGCCCUUGAUGCUCUGCGGCCCCCCUGGAUCUGGAAAGACCAUGACACUAUUCAGUGCACUACGGAAACUGCCGGAUAUGGACGUCGUCGGGCUCAACUUCUCGAGCGCUACAACACCUGAAUUGGUCCUCAAGACAUUCAAUCAGCAUUGCAAGUACAAGAAGACGCCGAAUGGAGUUGUGCUAGCCCCAGUACAGAUUGGCAAGUGGAUUGUUGUCUUCUGCGAUGAGAUCAACCUGCCAGCUGCCGACAAAUACGGCACUCAGAAGGUGAUCUUGUUGUUGAGACAGUUGGUUGAGGGCAGCGGAUUUUGGAGGCCAUCAGAUAAAGCCUGGAUCAGGCUCAAACGAAUUCAAUUUGUUGGUGCUUGUAACCCUCCCACCAAUCCCGGUCGAGUCGUUCUCCCUCAACAUUUUUUGCGACAUGCACCCCUGGUAAUGGUCGAUUAUCCUGGAGAAGCGUCAUUGAAACAGAUCUACGGUACCUUCAACAGAGCCGCCUUGAAAGUCGUCCCCAACUUGCGAGGCCAUGCAGAGCCCCUCACAUCAGCUAUGGUCAAGUUUUAUCUGGCUUCCCAAAAGUGUUUUACGUCCAACAAUCAAGCACAUUACAUCUACAGUCCUCGUGAGUUGACCCGAUGGACUCAAGGUAUCCAUCAAUCCAUCAAACCUUGGGAAACACUCUCCUUGGAAGGCCUUGUUCAAGUUUGGGCCCACAAAGCACUCCGCUUGUUUUCAGACCGAUUGGUCUCAGAGGAUGAGAAGCGGUGGACAGACAAACAAAUUGAUGCGAUAGCCAUCCAACAUUUCCCCAGUAUUGAUCAGUCUGAGGUGCUUGCUCGGCCAAUCCUCUUUUCUAACUGGACCUCUAAGCACUGCAUCAGCGUUGAUCGAGAUCAAUUGCGUGAUUGCUUGAAGGCAAGGCUACGGGUGUUUUAUGAAGAGGAACUUGAUGUGCCAUUGGUCUUAUUCAACGAUGUACUCAAUCAUGUCUUGAGAAUCAAUCGUGUAUUCCACCAAGUUCAAGGUCAUCUACUUUUGAUCGGUACUACUCUAUCUCGAUUUGUUGCGUGGAUGAACGGCUCGAGUGUGUUUCAAAUCAAAGUGCACAACAAAUACACCGCCGAUGACUUGGACGAUGAUUUGAGGAACGUUUUGCGCCGGUCUGGUUGCGAAGCUGAGAAGAUAUGUUUCAUCAUGGACAAAUCUAACGUACUCAACUCUGGAUUCCUCGAACGCAUGAAUACUCUUUUGGCCAAUGCGGAAGUGCCCGGUUUAUUCGAAGGCGAUGAACACGCCGCGCUGAUGACGGCUUGUAAAGAAGGGGCCCAGCGUGAUGGUGUUGUGCUGGACUCUCCUGACGAGCUCUACCGAUGGUUUACUCAACAGGUUGCCAAAAACCUACACGUGGUGUUUACCAUGAACCCACCGGAAAAUGGUCUGGCCUCACAAGCGGCCACCUCCCCAGCUUUGUUUAACCGCUGCGUGUUGGAUUGGUUUGGAGACUGGUCCGAUCAAGCGUUUUACCAGGUUGGAAUGGAAUUCACGAGCAGUUUGGAUCUCGAUACCAGCCAAUACGUACCACCGGCGAACUUCCCAGUCGUCUAUCAACAGCUAUCACUUCCUCCAGUCCAUCGAACUGCCAUUAUAAACGCCUUGGUUGCUGUUCACAUGUCAAUGUACAAAACCAAUCGCUGCUUGGCCCGCCGACAAGCACGGUUUAAUUACGCUACCCCUCGACAUUAUCUCGAUUUUAUCAAUAAUUAUGUCAACCUGUUUAAUGAGAAACAAGACAAUCUGGAGGAACAACAGCGCCACUUGAAUAUUGGACUGGAAAAGCUGCGCAAUACAGUGGUUCAGGUAGAAGAGAUGCGACAGAGUUUGGCCAUUAAACGAACGCAACUGGCCAAAAAGGAAAAGGAAGCUGAAUCGAAGUUGGCUCAGAUGCUGGCUGAUCAAAAGGAAGCUGAAUCCAGGAGACAAGCUUUGAUUCAAAUCCAGGCUGCCCUUGAGCAACAGAAUAAGGAUAUCGCGGAACGUCAAUCUGUUGUCAUGGCGGACUUGGCAGAUGCUGAAACAGCGGUCAAAGAGGCCCAAGCCGCCGUCAGUAAAAUCAAGAAGCAGCACUUGAUCGAAGUCAGGUCAAUGGCCAACCCCCCUGAGGCCGUCAAGUUAGCCAUGAAAUCUGUUUGCACGAUCUUAGGACACCGUCUCGGUGAAUGGAAAUCUGUUCGAGGAAUCGUCAAGAACUCAGGCUUCAUUGAGAGCAUCAUGAAGUUUGAUGCUAAAGAGAAAAUGACUCACCAACUCCGUGAGAAGAUGAAAGCCGACUUCCUGUCCAGAACUAUGUUUAAUUUCGAUACCGUUAACCAAGCAAGUAAGGCUUGUGGCCCGUUAUGCAAAUGGGUCAUCGCCCAGGUCAAGUUCUCCAAAAUCUUACAUAAAGUUGGCCUACUUCGUCAUGAAGUCAAUUCGUUGGAAGAACAGGCGGCUACCACUCAAGAAAAAGCGGCAACUGUCGUGACAAUGAUUGCAGAGCUUGAGGGUAGUAUUGCGAGAUACAAACCUGAAUACGCUACGUUGAUCAGUGAAACUGAAGCAAUCAAGCGGGAGAUGAAUCGGGUCAAGUCCAAAGUAGAGCGCAGUAUGACUUUCCUAGAAAGCUUAGGAUCUGAAAAGACUCGAUGGGGGGCCGGGAGUGCUACCUUUGACACCCAAAUGAGCACCAUUGCUGGUGAUGUGCUCUUGUCGGCGGCCUUCAUUACCUAUGGUGGAUUCUUUGACCAAUCCUAUCGCCAAUCGAUGUGGCAAGGAUGGGUUGAUCAUCUGAACCAAGCUAAUUUGAAGUACAACACCAAAUUGUCCCUGACCGAAUACUUAUCCACUGCCAACGACAGAAUCGACUGGCAAUCAAAAUGA